CCUCCCCCGCUCCCACUAGGGACUUCCUGACUCACACCACCCCGCCCCGCCGGUAUUAGAGACCUUCCUCUCCUUGGUUCAACUUGUGGCCGGCCUGAACCUAGGAUCCCAGGGCUCGCUAUCAUGGAUCCUCUCCUGGAAGCAAAUGGCACCUUUGCCUUAAACCUUUUGAAAAUCUUGGGUGAAGACAGCUCGAAAAAUGUGUUUUUCUCACCCAUGAGCAUCUCCUCAGCCCUGGCCAUGGUCUUCAUGGGGGCAAAGGGAAACACUGCAAGCCAGAUGGUUCAGGCACUCUCUUUGGAGAAAUGCAGCGGCAAUGGCAGUGGAGAUGUCCACCAGGGCUUCCAGUCACUUCUCACCGAAGUGAACAAGACUGGCACCCAGUACUUGCUCAAAACAGCCAACAGGCUCUUCGGUGAAAAGACUCUUGAUAUCCUAGCCUCUUUUAAAGAUUCCUGCUGCAAGUUCUACGAAGCAGAGAUGGAAGAGCUGGACUUUAAGGGUGAUACAGAGCAGUCCCGACAGCACAUCAACACCUGGGUCGCCAAAAAGACAGAAGAUAAAAUUACAGAGCUGCUGUCUCCAGGCACAGUGAAUUCAGACACUCUGCUGGUCCUUGUAAAUGCCAUCUACUUCAAAGGAAAAUGGGAGAAGCAGUUUAAGAAAGAGGACACCCAGGAGAUGCCUUUCAAAGUCACCAUGAAUGAGGAGAAACCUGUACAAAUGAUGUUUAAGAAGUCUUCCUUUAAGAUGACCUAUGUGGAAGAGAUAUCCACUGCGAUUCUGUUGCUUCCCUAUGCUGGCAAUGAGCUGAACAUGAUCAUCAUGCUUCCAGAUGAGCAUGUUGAACUGAGUACGGUGGAAAAGGAAAUCACUUAUGAGAAAUUCAUAGAGUGGACGAGACGGGACAAGAUGGAUGAAGAAGAGGUGGAGGUUUUCCUCCCACGGUUUAAACUGAAGGAGAAUUAUGACAUGAAGGACUUCCUGUGCAAGCUGGGCAUGACUGAUGCCUUUGAGGACAGGGCAGACUUUUCUGGAAUAUCUUCCAAGCAAAGCUUGUCUCUGUCCAAGGUUUUGCAUAAGUCCUUUGUGGAGGUCAAUGAGGAGGGCACAGAGGCUGCGGCUGCCACCUCCAGUGUCGUUUUUAAGUGUAUGCCCCCCUACUUCUGUGCCGACCACCCCUUCCUUUUCUUCAUCCAGCACUGCAAGACCAAGGGGAUUGUGUUCUGUGGCCGGUUCUCCUCUCCCUGAGAGAGGGUGCUGCUGAGUCAGUCCACCACCUUUGCCCAGUCCCUCUCCCAUGAUCCAUGAUUUGUCUGUGGAUUAAUAAAUGUUGUGACAAUUC